AAUACUCUUUAUUAUAAGAAAUAAUAUAUGAUAUAAAUGGGGAAGGCCCAAUAUUGUGAUGUUACAUAUUUCUUAAUUUCAGUAGUUUGUAAACAACAGUGCUUCAAGAUCAAACAAUCAUGAAUCUUUAAUCCCAGUGAGACACGCCAGGCGCACACGGUCCUUGCCAUACCCAGCUGACGCCCAUGGGUGGCAGGGCUGUUCCGGACCACUGGACGGGAGGGGACGGACGAGCGGACUGCUCUCUGAUUGGUCGGCCUCGGUGCGCGUCCCCGUCGUCUCCUCCCGGUUUUCCUGGCAUGACCUUUUCCCUUGGCAACCACUUCCUCCGAGCAUCCACGGCCAUCUUUAAUUUUAACUCAUUCAUGAAAAGUUGCCUCGCUCAUGUAAACACGCGCCGACCGACACGUUUGCGCACGAAGCUGCAUCGACGGCGCCGCCUGCAUGUAGUUGUUUUUUCUCUCCUUCCCCGCGUCCCCCUUCCCCCUCCAGCGAGGAAGCUCCAAAAACAGAGCCGAGCCGAGCCGAGCCGAGCUGAGCAGCACCGCAGCAGGCUGUCCGUCCGCCGAGAUUAAGUAAACAGCGAAAGCGAUGAGAAAGAAGCAGACUGCCAAACAGAGGAAGACAGAGGAGACCACAGUAGUCCAGGAGUUUGUGGUGGAGAAAAUAAUACGCCGCAGAAUAUUUAAUGGGAGAGUGGAGUACUUCCUGAAGUGGAAAGGCUUCACCGAUGCAGACAACACAUGGGAACCUGAGGACAACCUGGACUGUCCUGAGCUCAUCGAAGAGUUCCUGAGAAACAGCCACCACAGCGAGCAGAUUGAGGAAGAGCAGCAAGGGUUCAUUCCCAAAGAAGAGAUGACGGAGCAGGAGACGGAAAUUUCCUGCAUGCAGUCUCAGCAGCAGGCUCGCACCGUGCAGGGCGACGGCGACGUCCUCCAGCCAGAUGACGAGCACUCAGACGCCCCCACUGACCUCAGCACUUACCUCGAGCCUGAGUGCAUCAUCGGCUCCACGGACAGACAGGGAGAACUCAUGUUCCUAGUCAAAUGGAAGAACUCUGACGACGUGGCCCUGCUGGCGGCCCGUGAAGCCAGCGCCAGGUGUCCCCAGAUGGUUAUCGACUUCUACGAGCAGAAGCUGAUGUGGCACUGUGGAGACGAGGAGCAGUGAAGUGUGUGUGUGCGUGUGUGUGUGUGUGUGUUGUGUACAGAACUGAUAAACAGCUGUGCUCUCGCCUGAAGCUUAGUUUAACCUCCAUCAAGCGUCCUCCUUCAGCUGACAUUAGAGGCACGCUGUGUGAAAUUACGUCCCGCUGCAGGUAGACUCUCGGAUUCUGGCAGGUGUGAGAUCCUCGGCAGGGAUGGGUCUGAAGUGCUCUCUGUCCUGUGGUGCUCAACGACAGCUCUGUGCCUUUGCGGAGGCCGCGAUGGAGACCGAAACUAACCUUUGUGUGUAGCAGCCGACGUGAGGUCGGACUAACCUGUAGCAGCUUUAGUCUUGUGCAAGCAGACACAAUCACUGUGGACAUGUGUUUUUGUUUCGACUGUUCUGUAGCUAUUGAGUAUUUAUAGUCCUGAUCUUGGUUGUUUUAGCGUGUGCUCGACACUGUGUAGGCAGAGUGAACUAACUGUACCUCCAGUCCAUGUAGCUGAAGAUUGUAGCCCUGAUGUGUCGAACCUUUCGGUUGUUUGAAAACGUGUUGUGUGAGGUGUUUAUAGCCACAGCCUCUACUGUGUCUUACUGUGUCUCUGUUAUGACCCCUGUGGUUUAUGUAAAACAUUUUAAAAAAUGUUGCCCACCAGAAAUUUCCCCAAAUUUCCAAUCAGCUGCUAAGUACCAAACCUUCCCUUCCUAUCUGUAUUGAAUUAUAACACGAAAAGUGAGUUUUCAAAACGUAAUGUGGUGCUUACAGAGUAAACUCCUGGCAGAAAUACUCGUAGGUCGUAGUUUUGCGACGCCCAGAAUAAAUGUUGGCAUUGUGCGUGUCUCCGACCUUGGGAUAUGUUGAAACUUUACCACCUAUGCGAGGCAGCUGGAUUCGUGUGAUCAUCUUGCAGGGUCUCGAGGUACGCUCUUGUGGCUGAACACACAGCGUCCUUUAAAGAACUUAUGGCAGCUACAAACGUGGUUUAGACUGAACAGCUAGCGAGAGGAGCCACGCAGUUUGAAAACAACAGUUGAGGCUCCUCAAGAUGUUUGGAUAUAGCAUCAGAUUGUAGAGCUGUAGGGUAUUUUUCCUUGAAAGAACAGCAAUGAAAGUUUUUGUGAAUGGAAAAGACGUUUUCAACAGGUACGACUGUUAACACUCUCCUGUUGUUAAUCUGAUUGUUUAGAUUGUUUAGCCCAUGAUAGAUAGUGAAAUACAUAUGGUUCAUCCAAUCACCUGCCAAAUAUUUUUUAAAUGUGCCUGUCCCUUUUCCCAGAACAGUUUUGUCAGGUCAUAGACUUCACGGUUCUUUCCAUCUCUGCAAACCACGUGUGUUGAAACUUCACAUUACUUCAUAUUUCAACUUUGCAGUUCAGUUUUCAGUUUUAUGUUGCGACAGCACUGCUGUGCUGGCUUCAACCAAAAUCAAAAAUAAUAUCGUGACACUUGCUAAAAUUACUCAGUUUUUGUUGGUUAAAAAACAGGAAGUGAAGCGUGGCCUCUUGCCCACAGUGCCUCCUCUUACCAAUGAGAAAGCCAGCUCUUAACCACGUAAACGGAACGUGAUACGAUACGUGUUGUGAAAGUGUGAAUAGGAUGCGUGCAAAUAUAUGGUAUCCAGGUUUUGGAGACACGUACACUGCCAGCAUUUUAUUCUUGCGACUGGGGCUGAGUAUUUCUUAGCUAAAUCUAUUCCAAUUUACAUACAUUGAAAAUAACUUUUGUGCACCUGUGAUGACUAAUAAGAUUGUGAAAUAUAGCACUUUAGAUACAAGACUGUCCAGUCAUGCAGGGCAUUGUCUUCCAGUAAUCACACAUGACACCUGUGUCCCGAUGGCACUGUCCUGACUCGACAUAUCUCCCAUGACUGUUAAUGGGACACUCAGCUGAACCUUAGACCUCCUGAAACACUCCUGCUACUGAAUUACUGUAACUGUUGACCGUGGAUCUGUGAAGUCUCUGUGAAUAAAAGAAACCUUUUGUGAA